AUGAAGAUCUACGUCGCGGCCGCCGUCUCGGCCUUAGCUCUGGCUGCCACCAACGCAGCCACCAACUACGACGACCGAGAAGUGUCUUUGACCGCCGACUCUCUCAAGAAGAACCCCAACUCCGACAAAUAUCACACCAAGCCCGUACGCGUGAUCCAAGCUCGAGUUCAAAGUGACGCCCCCGUCUGGAACGAGACGACCAAGACCUUCGGCUCCAAGUACUACGAGACCGCCGAGGAGCAGUUCCGCGGCGCGCUUGACACCGUCAACACCGCGUCCGUCGAGGGCGCGCUCAUGUACGUGCAGGCCGAAGGCAUCAACUACAACACACGCAGUGCCGAAGACCGGUGCUGGCGCAAGAACGGCAUGCAGUUCGUCGUCUUCUACGACAUCGUCUUCGCGCAGACCAACGAGACGGUGGCUGAGUACGAGUCCGAAUACGGCCCGAUGUUGCCUAUGGACGGCGGCCAGUGCACGCCGCUCUCGGGCACGCACGAUUUCUCCGCCGAGUGCAUCUCGCUGAACGGCAACGCCAGCGUGCCGGACCUCGGGCCGUUCAUCGGCGGUGAGUCCAAGGAGACUGACCCGCGUGCGCCCUACCCGAACUGCUGGUGGUACUCGUUCCCCAACACUUGUCCGUUGGCCAAGUGGGCCAACAAGACCGAGGAGUGCCGCGACACGAGUCGCCAAGGACUCUGCGAUAUGGACACUCUACCGGACGGUGUCACGUGCACGUACAACUACCGCAUCUUGGGCUAUGUCCCGAUCGACGACGUCUUCUGCGAGGCCGGCGGCGUCGAGUUCCAGGCCUCCGAGGCGGGCGUCUGGAACGCCAGCAUCCCCUUCUGGAAGAACCCGCAGAACGCGACGGCCAACGCCGCGCGCACCGACAAGCUGCUGGCGGCGUACGCGAACCUGCUCAAGACCAACCAGUCGUCGCAGAUUGACAGCGCCGACUGCGACUCGGAGUUCGGCUGCAAGCGCGAGCACUACGGACAGAUGUGCACGCUCUGCAACAGCUCGGCCACGGGCUGCGUCGCGCCAAGCGAAAACUUCACCUUCCCGACGCUGCAGAAGGCGGCGGCCUCGACGGAGGCCAGCACUGGAUCGACGUCGUCGGGCUCGCGGCAGGUUCUGGCUGUUGGUGUAGCGCUGGCUUCGAUCGCGCUUUCGAUCGUCAUGGGCUAG